AAAAACGGAGAAAUUGCAUGCUCACAGUCAGGCGGCUGCAAAUACUUCUGAAUAUUGUACUGAAGGGUAUACAAUCCUGCAGGCCAACAAGAACCAGUACAUGCCGGUGAAGAACGAGCUCGUGCCGCCCAUCAUCGCCUCCAAGAUCCGCUUCGUGCCCUUCUCGCCCCAUCCGCGGACCGUCUGCAUGCGCGUCGAGCUCCACGGCUGUCCUUACGAGGACGGGCUGGUGUCGUACUCCAUGGCCCAGGGACAGGACCGCGGCAUGGAGGUCGACCUGCUGGACCUGAGCUACGACGGCACGACCACGGAGGGCCUCCUGUACGGCGGCCUCGGCCAGCUCCACGACGGCAUGACCGGAAACCGCAACUUCCGCGCCGACAUCGGACACGGUAAAGGCUACGAGUGGGUUGGGUGGAAGAACGACACCCAGAACCCCCUGGAGAUCACCUGUGAGUUCGACGUCGUCCGCAACUUCACGGCGGUGCACAUCUACGCCAACAACAUGUACACCAAGGACGUGCAGGUGUUCUCGCGGGCGCGGGUGCACUUCAGCGUGGGCGGGCGGUACUUCGGGUCCCGCCCCAUCGAGUUCAACUACAUGACGGACGAGGUCUCCGAGUACGGGCGCAACGUGAGCAUCAAGCUACACCACCGCGUCGGCAAGUACGUCAAGAUCCAGAUGUUCUUCAAGGCGCGCUGGAUCAUGAUCUCCGAGAUCUUCUUCGUCUCGCGUGAAGAUAAGGCUGGAUUUACCGUGGCCGAGGGUAUAGGGGGUACCACAUUAUGGCCCAGCCGAGGGAACUUCAGCGAGCUGACUGAGACGGAGGAGCUCCCCCCCGAGGCCGGCGGCGCCCCCCACCACGACUCCUCCUCGGGCUACAUGCACGACGGCGCUGCCCUCGGCGACAAGAACCAUCGGAAUCUUGUGGUGACGGACGUGUCCGAGGAGCCUCGCGGGCAGGAGUACGUGGCCCUGGUGAUCGGCGUCCUCAUCGCGGUGAUCAUCCUGCUGGUGUCGGCCAUCCUGCUGAUCGUGUGGCGGGCGCGGAGGCAGAAGGCGGGCACGAUCACCCACGACAUCUUCACGGGGCCCUACGGAGAGAAGAGGGACAUCGUCAAUCUCAAGGAGGUGCAAAAGUUCCUGACGGCGCCAGCUGUUCUCCGGCCGUCGUCACUGUGCUCCUCGCCUCGCCUCGCGACCCACAGGAGCAACGGCUACAGGCUCAACACUACUCUGCCCAUACACCCGUCACAGAUGGGCGUGGAGGGCGGCGACAUCGACAAGGCCGGCCUGUACUCGGAGCCCUACCACAUGACCUACAACUCCAUAGGCGGCUACUCGUCCAUGGCGCACAAGAUGAGCCACCCGAACCCCCUCUCCAGUCCCGACUAUACAGCUUCCGAUGUGUCUGCAGAGUGCCCUUCGACGGAGUACGCCAUCCCGCACAUGAGCGGCGAGGCGGGGGCCACAGGGGGGUACCCGCCCCCUCUCCCGCACUCCAAGCCGCCCCUCCACACCCUCAACACCUUCCUCGGCAAGCCCCCGCCCACGCCCCUGCCGCCCAACGCCGCACAGCCUCAGGAGAGCUUCUACGCCGCCACCGAGAUCGUUGCCGUAAGUGAUGUGGGCAGCAAUGGCACAGCAGGGGGCCGGCAGGGGCAGCAGGGCCAGCAGGGGGCAGCAGGAGCGGCGGCCACCCUGGAGAACGUGACCGCCAGGGAGAUCCCGAGGAGCGCCAUCACCCUCCUGCAGCAGAUCGGGGAAGGCCAGUUCGGGGAGGUUCACUUGGGCGAAGUCGAGGACGAGGAGGGACAGAAGCAGAUGGUUGCCGUGAAGACUUUGCGACUGGAGGCCUCGCACUCCGUCAGGUGUGACUUCGAGCGCGAAGUUGAGAUCCUGGCGCGCCUUCGGGACCCCAACAUCGUGCAGGUGGUGGGCGUGUGCUCGAGGGAGGAGCCCCUGUGCAUGCUGGUCGAGUACAUGGAACACGGGGACCUCAACCAGUACCUGCAGGCCCACAUCGCCGAGACAGCCUCUCCCAGGAACACGCACGCCAAAACGCUCAGCUACGGAUGCCUUAUAUACAUGGCCACUCAAAUAGCCUCAGGCAUGAAGUACUUGGAGUCCCUCAACUUCGUGCAUCGAGACCUCGCCACACGGAACUGUCUCGUGGGGGCGGGUCACGUGAUCAAGAUCUCAGACUUCGGCAUGAGUCGGAACCUCUACAGCGCCGACUACUACAGGAUCGAAGGCAAGGCUCUGCUGCCCAUUCGCUGGAUGGCCUGGGAGUCCGUCCUCUUGGGCAAGUUCACGACCAAGAGCGACGUGUGGUCGUUCGCCGUCACGCUGUGGGAGAUCCUGACGAUGGCGAGGGAGCAGCCCUACGAGGACCUCACCGACGAGCAGGUCAUCGAGAACGUACAUCUGACGAGGCCAGGAGGUAAGGGAAACGUAUGCUGUGAGUAA